UUUUGGUGCAUUAUUUCAUAUAUUGAAGAAACGGAUUAUUAUUGGGAUUAUUAUUGUCAAAAUAUUGCUGUUUAAUUGAUUUUAGGUCUAUGGGAAGCAUGAUAUAUUGAACUAUUGUAUGAUGUUGAAUGAAUGUUUUUAUUUACUGUGUUUGUUUAACUCUGAAAUGGGAUACAGUUUAAGUACCCCCCGUAUUAUUGUGAAGUCUUUGAAAUUCUACAAAUUUGCUUUUGGGACUUGUAUUGAGAAGCUAGUAUAACAUUAAACCUUUGGAUGAAUAUAAUAAAAGAAAACAUUUAUAGUCUUGUAUAAAUAUUGUCUAUGAAGAACGAAUCAAGUGGAAUAUUAGCGUAAAGAUAUGGAUCGGAAAACUUUUCGUGACUGUGUUUUGCGGAUUAAUGUGGUAAAUGUCAAAUGAACAUCACAGAAUAAUACCAUUUGGGUAUUGAAAAUCUCAGUCAAAGCAAUGGUAAAUUAAAUCGAGUAUUUACAUAUUGAAUUUUUUCAACACUGGAUUCAUAUUUUUCCAUUAAGAGGGUAAUCAUUAGAUUAUUGUGCUGGAGCGAGGGAAUAUUGGUACCCUGAAGUUAAAAAAAAUAAAUAGGACAGAAAAUGAAAGAGCAUUUUAAUGAUUAUGAUUCAUAAUUUCAUGAUUAUUGGCUUAUGAGGUGAAUAUAUGGUAAAAUAUAGUGUGUGACAUAUUGUGAAAGAUGUGUUUUGUGACACAACUAAGCUUUUAACUCUGAAAGGAAAAACAAAUUUCCGAUAUAACGAAACUCUUUGAAUUCUGCCAAGAGCUCUAUGAAAGGAUGUUUUGUAUAACUUGCAAUACGUUGCACUCAAAGAAAAACCUGUAUUGCUGUUCCCAUGCUUAAGAAACAGAUAAAAAUUGAGUAGGAAUUGAAAGAAAAGUGAUGACCAAGUCACAACACAAGUGAAGUGAUUUUUUUUAAUACGUUCGAAAUCCUUUGAAACACUGCGUUUUGUAUUAAAAGGAGAAAUACAAAUGCCAGGACUUGAAUUUAAAAAGUCAUAUAUAUAAUCAUAUAAAUAUAUGAAAGAAGUAAAUUUACGAGUGCGUGAAAUGGUUCCGUCCGGUGCAAUGAGGGGUCGUCACCUGUUCGGAAGAACAGCGCCUAACCAUCAGGAGAGUGUCAAACUACGUCUGAUCACCGUACAGCAACGCCCGCUAUCACUCAGCGUGAAUUCCUCAUCCACGCCUACAGUGCCGUACUCAACAGCAGACAUUUUGUACGGGAAUGAGGUCAACGGAGCAGGUCGAUCCUCCUCAAAUGAUGACCCUCGACAAAACAGCUUUGGGGAAUUGGAGCGUGGAAAGUCAAAAUCCAGAGACCUCGAUAAUCCAAACAAUCGGCGACCAAACAGCAGAAAUGGAAAACAAAAAGCGAUAUCGAUUGAUACCGUGACGCCUUUUGAUAAGGACAGAGAAGACCCGCUUAAAAGUCUUUCUGCCUCUCUACCUCCGGCUAAGCCAUCCCACCACUAUCGGCCGAAUGGGAUUCGCAGUGGAAACAAAGGGGAACAACUCUUCUCAUCAGCAAAACAGAAUGGUGCUGUAAAUGGUCGUGAGCAGGAUGACCUAGUUGCCAUGGGAACACUUUGGAGCCCUAACAACGGGAAUGGGUCAGGAUCGCUACCCCCAGCAACCUCACAGUCUCAGCAGAGCGGGUACAAGUCAGGCCCCGUGUCCAAUUCCAAUAUGAACUCUUACCCGUCCAAGGUUGCGCCCUCAUCGAGUGGUGUGAACAGUUCGUUAUCAUCAUCAAAUAACACGCUCAAUUCUCAACGCAAAUAUCCCACCGGCAAUAGCAUGCGUCCCAUCGUCCUACAGAAUAACGUCUCAGGGAGGAAGACGAGCAAUGCACAGAAGGAGCAGGAAGACCCAAAAUAUACAGACCCGAUGCUUGGUGCUCCUGCUUCUUUUCAGCAAAGAAUUAUUGAACUUGGUGCUUUAGAGGGCGAUACAGUCCGAUGGGAACGGACAAAACGAUUAAAGAAAAAGAAACAAGACAGAGACUCUUGAAAAUAGUUUAUUUUAGUGCAUGUCUGUGAUAUACUUAUCGGCUCUUUAGUCUUUCUGCAUUUUAUCUAUUGUGAUAAUACUGACAGGAUGGGCAUUGAAAUAGGGCGCUUUUGAUUGGUGUGAAUUGUUAAUCGAUUAGAUUAACAUGAGAAAUCAAGUUUGGACCCAAGUUAAGAGAUGCUUGAUUGUGCCAGCUUAGUUGCACCGGUUUAAAACUGGUGAGGUGAUUCCGAACAGUUUAGUGUUUGACUAAGUAUACUCUAUGAAAAAAAAGUGUUUUUUGUUUACAUUAUAAGUUGAGAACGUCAAAUACAAACAGAAAAUCAGCCUGAGGAUUUCAGAAAGGUGAUGCCAGACAGUUGAAUACCUUACUGCCUUUAUGAAGACGAAAUUCUUGUUUUAAAAACAUUAAAGCACAUCACUGUCAUUUAAACAGUGUUGGAAAUGUUGCCCUCUCUGUUUUCAUUUCAAAAGUAUACCUUUCUCUUAUAGAGAAGAAAUGUUUGCUGCACACAAGAAACUUAAACAAAUUAUAGAUAUAUUUUCUCCAAGUAAAUGUUAGUUGUUUCUCUGAUAUAUAAAUUACUCUGAUUUCUGAAAAAAUAAUAAAAUGGUUGUUUCUUCAAUCAGAGCUAAAAUAUUCGGCUAAAUGUUUCGAAGAUUUUUCUUUUAAGCCAAUGCAUAAUAAGAUCAUUGUUAGUGUUCAAGCUAAAGUAUGCUAAACACGAAUGAAAAAUAUUUUCAAAAAACUACUAAUUACAGGAUAUUUACUAUUUCAGAUAUUCUGUAUUUUUCUAACAUGGAUUAUAUUUAUUUCUUGCAUAUAGGAUGUGUGUUUCUGGCCUGUGCUGGAAAAACUCGUACAAACGCAUCAACGCGCUACUUCUUAUUUUAUGGUGUAUGAAAAGUACAUUAUGCCAUUUUAAUGAAGCAUAAUCAAAUAUUAAGUAUUCAAGACUUUUAAUUUAAAAUGCAAAUAAAUAAUAAUAAAAACCGUGAUUUUAGACUUCAAUAGUGAUAUAAUAUUACAAAUCUUCAUGACGUCAGAAUAUAUAUCGUUGCAAGCUCUCUUCGGUGAAAUGUACAAAAACGCAUGUCAAAUUUUCAACAAAUUUAUAAUUUUAGGUAUGCAAGAAAAUAUCUAUUAUGUUUUCCAGUCUGAAUCGAAAAAUCUGACCCUCGGGCAUGCUAUGUGGAUAGCAACUGACCAAGCCACGUUACCGCCUUUAGCCCUCGGUCACACUGCCUCAGGCCACGUGCAUGCCCUCACGCCGGAUUUUUCUAUCUGGACCAGAAACACAUGAUAUAUAUAUACUUAUAAUAUUACAUAGGCAAUAAAUGAGUGGAUUAUCAUACUGAAAAAAGAUUAUACAAGAUAUAGUCAUGUCUUCAUUUAUGGUUAAUAGCAUAACUUUAAGCCAGUAUUACUGUCAUUUGCAUUACAGUCGGUAUUGAUAAAAUAAAUAUAGUUCAAUAUUUACAGUUAAAAUACAUUUUGUUCUAUGUUUAGUAUUUAUUUUAGUGAAAUAUCAUUAAACAUAGAAUUAAUGAAUUGUUAGCUUACUUGAGACUCUAAAUAAUUAAGAAUAUAUAAUGAGAUGAUUAUUAGCAUUAGGAAUCAAAAUACAUUUCUAUUGUCAUACUUUUUACAUGUCAUUGUUUGACUGUAUAUAUUUUAUUAAUGCUGGCUUCAUAUUUGUUAGCGAUGCUGUUAAGUUAGUUAUGCAUUUAAGUUAGUUUGUCAUUAAAAAAUUAAAGUUGUUUCUAAUUUUUUUUAGAAACUUUUUUUCAUUGUUACAUUGUAAGUCAGAAUCAAGCUCUUAUUUGUGAAAGGCUUUUAAAAAAACUUGAGGUUUUUCACAUGUAUAAAUGAAAGUAUUCUUAACGUUCUUUUGUCAGUAAAAACCUUAUUGUGCUUUUCGUCAAAUGUAUCCCGGCCAUUCAUACUGCAUGAAAUCCGGUCUAUUCAUAGAGCGUAGUUUUUCACUGCAUGAAAUUCAUGUCUUUAAAAGUCGAUAUUGAUUUUAUAAUUUAGAACUGAUCAAAUGAUCAGUAAAAGUAAGGAUAAGUUGAAAUUUCAAUGCAUUGACAUUCAACAUGGUAAACCAUUUUGCUUAUGAAUUAUUCUUAAACCAUGUUAAAUAUCAAAUUAGCCAUGCUUUUAACAUGCUCAAAAUUAGAACUCCGCAGAGGAAAAAUAUUAACACCAUUUUUAUAAUGAAAAUGGUUCGGGAAAUAAGGAAAUAAACUUGUAAAACUUAUGUCUUUAUAAAAUUUUGAUAUUUCAGUCAGUACUGUUAAAGCUGCACUCUCACAGAUUGAACGUUUUGACAACUUAUUUAUUUUUUGUCUUAGAACGAAACAAUUUUUGCGUAAAUCCAUGGAAACCAGUUAUAUAAGACUGCUGACAAAAAAUAAGAUGGCAGAUUUUUAUAUUUAAGUUAAAAAAAUUAUGUUUAAUGAACAUUAAUUUCCGAAUGGAAAUAUGAAAAUCUACGGUCUGAUUUUUUGUCAGCGAUCUUAUAUCAUUGGUUUGCAGAUAUUUACGCAAAAAUUUGCUCUUUCCAAGACAAAAAAUAAAAAAGUUGUAAAAAUAGUAUAUCUGUGAGAGUGCAGCUUUAAGAAAGUUUCAUUGUCAAAGUGCAAGAACUUUGAAACAUUAUUGGGCCAAUCGUAAAGUACAUUGUUAAAGUUAACACCGUUGUUUACUUGAUCGUUGUUAACUUUCAAUUAUUUUAUCCUCUGAAAGUUUCAUGGGUACACAUGUUAUCUGCUCUAAAUUUAUUUCACAAAUAUUGGGACAACUAAUUCAGCUGUGCUUGUUUUAUUUAAAUAUAUCAGCACAUAAAAUAUUUCACUGUCAAAAGUUUACAACUAUUCUGUUUUCAAUGUUGUUAACUUUAACAAAGUUUUAACAGUUUGGAGCAAUUGGCCUAUGUCAUAUUUUUGCACAAUAAGGCCAUUUUUAAGCUGUAAAUUUACGUAAUAUAUGAAUUUAAAAGUAAAUUAUAUCCAUCAAUUAUCAAAUGUAGAGUUAAUAUUCACACAACAAUAUUUGCAUUUCUGUGAUGAGUAUUUGCAAUUGCAUUUCUACUUCAAUGUUAAAGCUGCACUCUCACGGAUUGACAAUUUUGACAUUUUUUUUUGUCUCAGAAACAGUUAUAUUGGCACCAAUGCCUUCAAUUCAGUCAUAUAAGAUAACUCACAACAAAGCAGAUCUCAAUUGUUAAAAAAAUGGCCCAAAACUUUUUUUCUUAACGCUUUUAACAAUAAAACAUAUUUUUUCAAACCUAAAUCUGAAAAACUGUGAUCCAAUUUUUAGUCACCCUUCUUUUAUCACUGGUUUCCAGACUUUUACGCAAAAAUAUGAUAAUUACAAGACAACAAAUGAAAAAAUUGUUAAAACGUAAUCGUUGAGAGUGCAGCUUCAAGCAAAAUAAGAUGAAACUAGUUUUGAUAGGAAGGAAUAAUACUUACUAUGCUGUUUGUUAGUUUUGAUCUUUAAUGUUUUAAAUGUUUUCUUUAUGCAAAUGUUAUGAUCUGUAUUAUUUUAUUAUUAUAAUUUAUUAAAUUUUCAAAUACA